UCUUCUGUGAAUUCUGAUGAAAGAACAUACCAUUUCAUACUGUCUACUGAGGGUUUAAGGAAGGCUGACCGAUCUUCAUUUACUACCAAUGUGUAAGACAACUUUUCAUCGAAACAAACUAAGGACAAUGGCUUGGCAAGUACUGUAUUUAUUUUUAUCAUUUACAUUUAAAGCUAUUUCUGGACAAAUCCAGUUCUCUAUAUUUGAAGAACUAAAGAAAGGCUCUGUAGUAGGCAAUAUUGCAAAUAAUUUGAGCUUGAAUGCAAAGGAGUUGUCAAUUAGAAAUUUUCAUAUUGUUUCUCGUGCCAAAACACAGCAUUUCAGUGUUAACUUAGAAAAUGGAGACUUGCUUGUUUCAGAGAGGAUAGACAGGGAAACAUUAUGUGGAACAGAACAGAAUUGCUUUCUAAAUAUUGAAGCUGUUAUUGAAAAACCUUUGCAUUUUUACACAUUGCAAGUAGAAAUUAAGGAUGUCAACGACAACGCACCGAGUUUUUCAAAAAGAUCAUUCGAUAUCGGAAUUAGUGAAUCGGCUUUACCAGGCGAUCGAUUCACCUUGGGACAUGCCCAAGAUCCAGAUCUCGGUACCAAUUCUGUGCAGCACUAUGAGAUCAUCACAAAUGAGUAUUUUAGUCUUUCCGAAAAAAAUAGCGUUGAUGGUACUGAACCUGAACUUGUGUUGGAGAGACCUUUGGACCGAGAAAAGCAAAGUUCCAUUGAACUGAGUAUAGCGGCAUUUGAUGGGGGUAGGCCGAUGAGAACAGGCACAGCUUUGAUAAAAAUUGUGGUUCUAGAUGUAAAUGAUAAUUAUCCUGUUUUCAGUCAAGAGACUUAUCAAAUAAAUUUAAAUGAAAAUACCCCAGAUAAUUUUGUAGUUCUUCAUCUAAAUGCCAGUGAUGAAGAUGAAGGCUCCAAUGCACAAAUAACCUAUUCAUUUAGUCACAUUUCUGAGGAUGCCGGACAAUUAUUUAAGCUUGAUUCUAAGACUGGGGAAAUUACAAAAAUAGGAAAGUUGGACUAUGAGACAGCAAAGAAUUACAAGAUCACAGUAGAAGCUAAAGAUGGCGGAGGGUUAGCAGCUCAUAGCAAAGUGUUGAUACAGAUUGUGGAUUCCAAUGAUAAUGCACCAGAGAUUCAAAUAAAUUCUUUCACAUCUAUUAUUCCAGAGGAUUCCCCACCUGGAACAAUAGUAGCUCUAUUUAACAUCCAGGAUUUGGACUCUGGAGAGAAUGCUGAGUUUGUUUGUGAAAUCUCAAAAAAUGUACCUUUUCAGUUGAUAUCUCUACCUAAUAACUAUUUUAAAAUGGUAACAUCAUCAAGCAUGGACAGAGAGGUUACCUGUGAAUAUAAAAUCAGCAUCAUGGCUACAGAUAAGGGAUUGCCCCCAUUGUCCACCAGUAAAACUAUACAGUUGACAAUCUCUGAUGUGAAUGACAAUGCACCAGUUUUUGAGAAGCCUAGUUAUAUUGCCUAUGUGCCAGAAAAUAACCCACAGGGUACCUCAAUACACAGAAUAAAUGCUUCAGACCUUGACCUUAAUGAAAAUGGUCAAAUAAUGUAUUCGAUCAUCAGUAACAAUACUGAAGAUGCCCUUGUUUCAUCCCAUGUCUCUAUAAACUCAGGAACGGGAGUUGUUUAUGCGCUUCACUCUUUUGACUAUGAACAAAUACGCGAAUUUAGUUUUCAAGUAAUGGCUAGAGACAGUGGAUCGCCUCCUCUAAACAGCAGUGUCACAGUUAGGAUAUGCAUUGUGGAUAGAAAUGAUAAUGCUCCUAAAAUUCUCUACCCUUCCUUAGAUUCAGAAAGAACAGCAUUGUUUGAAUUCAUCCCUCGUUACUCUACAAAGGGCUAUUUAGUAACCAAAGUGAUUGCAGUUGAUGCUGACACUGGACACAAUGCUUGGCUUUCUUACCACUUUCUUCAAGUUCCUGAGCCAUCAAUGUUUACCAUUGGGCAACAUACUGGUGAAAUAAGGAUUUCCCGGGAUUUUCAAGAAGUGGACUCUUUAAAGCAAAAAAUAGUUGUCCUAGUGAAAGAUAAUGGGGACCCUUCUCUUACUGCUACAGUUGCUUUGAAUCUAGUUAUAGCUGAAAACUUUCAAGUGCUUCCUGAGUUAAAUAAUCAGCCCAUCAAGUUGAAAACAACAUCUAACAUAACUUUCUUCCUAGUUUUAGCAAUAGCUAUGAUUUCUGUUUUAUUCAUUUUGACAGUAAUUGUUGCAGUCAUUUCUAAAUGCAAAACCUCUAACACUUCAUCUGUGUUUGGAACUUUGAAUAAGGGCUUGUAUCCCCAAGUUGCCCUCCGUUGUGCCUCUGAGUGCAGUGAUGGGACUUUGCCUUUGCCAUUUCCUUAUGAGGUUUGUGUAGCUAUUGACUCAAGCCAAAAUGAAUUCACCUAUCUCAGACCAGUCCAGAAUGUUCCAACUGACAAUCUUAUUGAUACUGAUGAACACCCUAAUGGAAAUACUUGUGAAAAAGGGCCUUUGUGUGAUAGUAAUAUUGCACAGAAUGGAACAGUGGUUGCAUCCCUAUAA